CUAUUGACAGAACAACGACGAAAGGGGCCAACCAGUCAUGGCGUAGGCGUGUAAUAGGGGAGAAACGUGGUGCAAAUAUCCGAAAGAUCUAUACAACAACGCAAACUUAUUAUACCAGCUUUUUAUUUUCAAAAGUGGUUGAAAAGGUGAAAAUGUAGGUGGUUAACCACAGUUGCACUCACUCCUCUGAAAGCAGAACGAUGGGCGGCUUUCACAAUUUGCGAGGCGGGCCAUCGGCAUCGCUCUCACUUGGCAGUAUUUAUUUACUUUCAGGGCCUGGAGGCACUACAGAAAGGAGUGGGGGAAACAUAACAGACAAUUUGUGGAAAUAACAUUGGAUUUAAGCAAAGGCUCGUUGAAUGGCGUUGUUGAAUAUAGUGUCCGUGAUGGCGUCGAUGAAAGUGGAAAGAUGGUCCCAUUCCGUGCUUGUUCGAGGAAUGAAAGAAUCAUUGUAAAGAUUAGUCUUACAUGACAGCACGCCUACUUUAAACUUAUGGGGUUUUACGUGCCAAAACCACUUUCUGAUUAUGUGGCACGCCGUAGUGGGGGACUCCGGAAAUUUCGACCACUUUGGGUUCUUUAACGUGCACCUAAAUGUAAGUACACGGGUGUUUCCGCAUUUCGCCCCCAUCUAAAUGCGGCCGCCAUGGCCGGGAUUCGAUCCCGCGACCUCGUGCUUAGCAGCCCAACACCAUAGCCACUAAGCAACCACGGCGGAUGCACGCCUACUUUAAAGCAAUGAUCUGAACGAGAUGAAACAUAAAACGGCUGCGUGAGAAGCUGCUUUUUUAAUACAGGGUUGAAGUGCAAAAUUUUAUGGAAUAGCGAAAGGCGAGCGCAUUUUCCACGGUAUGAAAGAUCUGGUAAGUUUAGGGUAUUUUUCAUUGCUGUAACGCUGGGAUGACGCGAGUAAUUUGAUGAAGUGAAUCUAGCUGCACGGUUUUGGAUAGAUUCGAGGACAACAGAGAGUGGUUUGAGCGGGAUCCCAUAUGGCACAUGGGUGUUCGAGCUUUGAGCGUACCAAUGUUCGGUAAAGAAUUGCUUUAAGGGAUGAAGGCGAAGCUGUAAAAUUACGACGCAGGUAUCCGAGCAUGCGGUUAGCAUUAUUACAGACGUACUCAAUGUGGGUGUGCCAUGAGAGGUUAUUUGGGAUAUGAAGGCCGAGAUACUUGUAUGAGUCAACAGGUGUUAGCUUAUUACUGUUAAGAAAGUAUAAGCGCGUGUUACUGCAUCUUGAAUGGCGGGAAAUUGGCAUAGCUUUACAUUUGGUUACGUUAAGUUGCAUUAGCCAUUUAUUGCACCAGAGUUACACAUUAUUCAGAUCGUUUUGCAGUUUACAUGCAUCAGAUGGAUUAGUAAUUUUAUAGUAAAGUACACAGUCGUCAGCGAAGAGCUUAAUAGAGGAAAAAGUAAUGUAGUCAGGGACAUCGUUAAUAUAGAUGAGGAAAAGCAAUGGACCUAGCAGCGAUCCUUGCGGCACUCCCGAUGUUACAGCAGAGGAAGGAGAAGAGUAAUCAUUAGCUGUUACAUACUGUGUUCUGUUAGUCAGGAAGUCUCUAAUCCAAGAUAAGACGUUAGAAUCAAUAUUAAGUUUGCUGAGCUUAAGGAUCAGUAAAUUAUGUGGGACCGUAUCAAAUGCCUUGGCAAAAUCCAGGAAAAUGCAGUCAGUAUCAAAACCUAGGUCAGCAUUAAAGAACAGGUCAUUGGUAAAGGAUAAUAGCUGAGUUUCACAUGAGAAGUGCUUCCUAAAGCCGUGCUGACAAGGCUUAAAACAUUAACUUGUUUCUAGGAAAUUAACUGUGAAUAAAUGAUGUGUUCUAGAAUUUUGCAAGGAUUUCUGGUUAAUGAGAUAGGGCGAUAGUUCUUGGGUGAAUGUGUAGUACCUGACUUGUGAACAGGAACCACCUUCCCAUCUUUCCAAUCGCCGGGUAGAAUUGAGCAUUGCAAGGACAAAUUUUUUAGAGAGAAUAAUAGAUGAAUACACGGCAGUACAUUUUAGAAUUUUCGUCGUGAUUUCGUUGGGUCCUGCAGGUGAAGGUAUGUUUAGGCCGCUAAUUAGAUUUGUUGCACCGCCCCAAUCAAUGGGGUCCAUGGGCGGGAAAUUCCGAACCGCAGUCAAAGGGUUAGAAAAAGGUGACACUUUAUGAAAAACUGAUGUGAAGGCAUUAUUCAGCACAAUUGCUGCAUUCAUCGGAGGAGCAGCGAUGUCGGAAUGUUCUAAAUGUAUUUGCCUGUUACUUUUGCCGCCAACAACGCUCCAAAAUUUACGAGGGUUACUGCGCAAGUACGAAGGAAGCGUAACAGUAAAGAAAACUUGUUUUGCUUCAGCGACCGCCCGAACAUAAGCAGCGCCUUAGCGGCUUGAUAAUCCGACCAAGGUAUAGGGAGGUACGAACAUUUCGCGCAUCGAAACAAGCGCUUCUUUUUGUUGCGUAGGCGGCGUAAUGUUGCAUUGAACCACGGGGAAACGUUGGUCAGAUUGAACAAUUCUUUUGGGUACAUAACGAUCAAUAAGGUACAGUAAUUUGCUUUUAUUUGCUCCACAAAAAUCACGGAUAUGCUUUACACUUUUUUUUUUAUGCGAACACGAGCUUGUAUAUCAAAUGCAACACUAAGUGAUCACUUAUUCCUGGCUGAUAACUUAUUGCAGAAACAAGGUCAGGUAAGGUGAGCAUUGCUGGAGGAGGGACUCUUUCUUUUUUAGAAGUUGUUCAGAUAGAAAAAUUCUGCUUACAAAAUAUCCACGCGCUUUUGGAAGUAACCGCUGCAGGUACAAACACUACCAAGGGUGAGCUUUGCGUUUCGUCAUAAGGAACUAGCUCCUUAAAAUUGGUUGUCAGUCCCGUUAAGUUCUGCAGGCAGAUGUCGCCGCCGCCACAACGAGAACAGCGUUCUGGUGGUCACGUGCACUCGGAGCAAGUGUCUCGGAAACUGAGCGUGCAGCUCGGCUCAUGGCGACGUCGUGCCUGGGGACAGCGGCACGACACGCAUUUUCUCCGAUGAUCCCAGCCGUCGUAGAGAGACUUGAGAGGGACCCUCUGCAGGUGGAGCCGAUCUGAUAUCAGCCUGGUCAAGAGGAACUCUCUUGAUAAGGAGUCUCGGAGGUCUGAAGGGGUACUUCAACGAUACUAGAGAUUUUCGGAAUCGUGCCGACGCGAGAAGGAUGCUGUCCCCGCGCGCCCAGCUGUGGCUCAAGCUGGGCCGAACCUGCAACCUCAGCCUGGGCUGCCUGGGAAUGGGUCUCAUCCUGGCCUUGACUGGCGUGGCGCUGCUGGACCUGGUCGAGAUAUACGACUCGGACAUAUCAAGCGUGUCGCACCUCAUCACCGCACGCUGCGUCGGCGGCCUGCUCGGCUCCCUACUAGGAGGCAAGCUGUACGACACGUGCAACGUGCAGACCAUGUCUAUACUGAUGAUGGUGCUGGCCUGCGUGACGGUGCUCAUGAUUCCGCUUAGUGGAAGCCUGCCACUGGCGUUCGUCAUGGUCUUCUUCGGCGGAAUCAGCUCGGGUGCCUUCGACACCGGCGCGAAUGUGUGGAUCAUCAACCUGUGGCCGGAGAACAGCAGUCCGGCGCUGCAGGUCUUUCAUCUGGCCUUCGGCGUCGGCUGCAUGGUGGCACCGCUCAUCGCCGAGCCCUUCCUGUCCACGGGUCACGUCGGCUCGUUGCUGAAUCAGACGGGCACCAACCUGAGCGAGUACUUGAUCUUGAACGACACUGGCUACAGCCCGUCAGAGCCCCUGACCGGACGCGAGGGGAGCCGGGUCUACUACGCGUUCGGCAUAGCCAGCGCUUUCCACCUUGCCCUGGUCGUUGCCAUGGUGGCGCUCUACUUGAUCGACGACGCCGACACCAAGCCUCCCCAGGAAGGAAAUGUCACCGUCGGAUGCAGGAAGGAGUCUCCCGAGAACGUGCGCUUUAGCCGCACCAUGCUGGCCCUGCUUAGCGCGUACGUGUGCGUCUACGUGGCGCUCGAGUGCACGUCGUCCCAGAUGCUCACCGCGUUCGCCGUCAAGAGCGAGCUGCACUUGUCCAAAUCGGCGGCGUCUCGCGUCGCGGCCGUCUACUUCUUCUGCUUCGCGGCGAGCCGCCUGGCGGCCGCGCUGGUCACCGUGAAGCUGUCGCCUUUUCAGAUGCUCGUGCUCUCUCACGUCAUCAUCGCCGUCACGGCCGCCGUGUUCCUGGUAUGGGGCUCCAGCAACAGCGCGGUGCUCUGGGCCUGCAGCGCGCUCACGGGCGUAGGCCAAGGUCCAGUGUACGCGGCCGCAGUCGCGUGGACUGUCGCCUACGUUAACAUGAGCAACAAGAUGAUGUCCGUCGUCAUAAUCACAGCAGGCAUCGGCGCGCUGUCGCCGCCCCUUCUAGUGGGUCAGUUCUUAGACCACAGUCCGAACCUGUUCCUCUACGUAUGUUUCGUGGCGGUCUUGCUGUGCGUAGCUUUUUUUGUUGCCAUGCACUUUUACGUUCGAAAAAGGCCGAUACUAAAUGCUGAUAAAGAAGUGUGCGUUAAUGGAACUUACGAAAAACCUCUCGAAAUGCUUUCGCUCUAGCGAUGUCUCCGUACCUACAGCUACACGCACCGCUCCGCAGGGCACGAUCAUCUUCCCAGUAGUGCAAUAAACAUAACCCGGAGCAUUGGAA